CUUCUCCCCUUCUCUUUCCCUUUUCUCUUCAUCAUCAUCAUCAUCAUCAUCAUCAUCAUCAACAACAACCUCCAGCUAACCCUAGAAACCAACCUCCAUAUCCUCCUUUAUGCUCAUCAUGGGAAUUGAGAGGCCGGCAUGGUUGGAUGCUCUGUACGGGGAGAGAUUCUUCGCGGGCUGCUCCUACCAUGAAACUUCAAAGAAGAACGAAAAGAAUGUAUGCUGUUUGGAUUGCUGUAUAAGCAUUUGCCCUCACUGUAUUCCAUCCCACCGCUUCCAUAGACUUCUUCAGGUCCGCCGCUACGUCUACCAUGAUGUUGUUCGACUCGAAGAUCUCCAGAAGCUCAUCGACUGCUCCAGUGUUCAGGCUUAUACAAUAAAUAGUGCGAAGGUGGUGUUCAUCAAGAAAAGACCUCAAAACAGGCAAUUUAAAGGAGCGGGAAACUACUGCACUUCCUGUGAUAGAAGUCUUCAAGAACCUUUUAUCCACUGUUCUCUUGGAUGCAAGGUAGACUUUGUUCUGAAACACUAUAAAGACCUGACUCCAUAUUUACGAGUCUGCAACACGUUAACUCUCAGUCCAGACUUCUUGAUUCCCCAAGACAUGGGAGACGAUGAGAUGAACUACGAGACUCCUCACUCGACGAUUGUCGACAGUGACGAACCCGCGAGCUCCGGCACCUCGUCUGGCUCGGAGAAUUGCGUAAGUCCGAUGACAUGCGCCGAUCGUAACAUCGUUCGAAAGAAGAGAAGCGGUUUAUAUCUGUGUGCAAGAUCCGCCAGUAAAGUCUCGGAUGAAGACAUGGCUACGAGCUUGAUCAGUAGACGAAAAGGGAUUCCUCAUCGAUCUCCUUUGUGUUAG